GCGGCCGCGGCCCCUUUAAGGAGCCGCUCUGCGGUAACCCGAGCCCGCAGUCCGGGCGGGCGCGGCGGCCGUGGCGGCAGCUCGAGCCUCCGCGACUGCACCUCCAAGCGGCCCAGAGCCCGCGGCUUCCCUGGCUCCCGUGAGCAUCUCGCGGCGCGGCUCUGGCCGGCGCCAGCCCUCAGGCCAGGCCAAAUAACCAGGCGCUUGUAACUACCCACCGCCCUCUCCUGGCCCGGCGCAGCCGCCCGCGCGCGAGUCGCCCCGGGACCCAGCACAGGCUGGAGAAACAUGGACGCCAACAGGAAGCUGGUGGUCAGCACUGUGUGCGCCAGCUUUGUCACCUUUCAGCUUCUUUUCCACUAUGUAAGUUACUGGUUUUCAGCAAAAGUAUCUCCAGGGUUUAACAGUCUCAGCUUCGAAAAGAAGAUUGAAUGGAACUCAAGGGUAGUAUCUACAUGCCAUUCUUUGUUGGUUGGGAUUUUUGGCCUGUACAUUUUCUUAUUUGAUGAGGCUACUAUAGCUGAUCCACUUUGGGGUGAUCCGUCACUUGUGAACGUGAAUAUUGCUAUUGCUUCAGGCUACCUCAUUUCUGAUUUGUUGAUUCUCAUUUGGCAUUGGAAAGUGAUUGGUGACAAAUUUUUUAUAAUUCACCAUUGUGCAGCGCUGUACGCAUACUACUUUGUACUGAAAGAUGGAGUGCUGGCAUACAUUGGGAAUUUUCGCCUGCUUGCAGAGCUUUCCAGCCCUUUUGUGAAUCAGCGAUGGUUCUUUGAAGCUCUGAAAUAUCCUAAGUUUUCCAAAGCUAAUGUCAUCAAUGGAAUACUCAUGACAGUGGUGUUCUUCAUCGUGCGGAUUGUCUCAAUACCUCCUUUGUAUUGCUUCAUAUAUUCCGUGUAUGGAACAGAACCCUACAGAAGGCUUGGAUUAUUAAUCCAAUGUUCCUGGAUCUCGUCCUGUGUUGUUUUGGAUGUGAUGAAUGUCAUGUGGAUGAUCAAAAUUUCAAAAGGGUGCAUCAAAGUCAUCUCUCUCAUCAGACAAGAGAAAGCCAAAAAUAGUCUUCAGAAUGGAAAACUUGACUAACGGUUGCGCUAUUGAUAAGCAAACUUCAUUACUACCCAUCAUUUUAUCUACUGAUAGGAUGAAUUCUUGGCAUGUUUUUGUGCUUCUUUAUUAAUUAUAACUGUUAUUCAGG